AGCAUGGUCCAAACAUUCCUCAAGGUGGCCCAGAGCCAAGAGACUCAAGACACGUCGUCUCCCCCUCAUGUCGUCGAGAUUGUCAAGACUGCCAUUGCGAAGAUCCGGGCCGAGGGCGAUGCUGCCGUUCGAGAAUUUUCUGAGAAGUUCGACAAGUGGUCUCCCAAGUCAUUCCGCUUGACUCAGGAGCAGAUCGAUGCAUCCAUUGCGGCUCUGCCGGAGCAGACCGUCAAGGACAUCAAGCAAGUGCAGGCCAAUGUCAGACGGUUCGCGGAAGCCCAGCGGAGCUCUCUCACCGACUUUGAAAUUGAGACGCAGCCUGGUGUCAUCCUCGGUCAAAAGAAUGUCCCGAUCGAGAAGGUCGGAUGCUACAUUCCCGGUGGUCGCUACCCCCUGCUGGCUUCAGCUCAUAUGACUAUUCUGACCGCAAAGGUCGCAGGAUGCAAGAAAGUGAUCGGCUGCACACCGCCCAUCCUUGGUGAAAUCCCCCACGCCUCAGUGGCUGCCAUGCACCUCGCUGGAGCAGAUGAAAUCUACCUUCUCGGAGGUGUGCAAGCUGUUGCUGCCAUGGCGGUUGGCACGGAGACCAUCGACAAGGUCCACUUCUUGGCCGGUCCUGGCAACGCAUUCGUGGCAGAGGCUAAGCGUCAGCUCUUUGGAGAAGUUGGUAUCGACCUCUUCGCUGGACCUACCGAGCUGCUGAUCCUGGCGGAUGCCAAGGCCCGUGCCCACACUGUUGCCUGCGAUCUGCUGUCGCAAGCCGAGCACGGCUACGACACUCCUGUGAUCCUCAUCAGCACGUCAGAGCAGCUGGCAAUGGACGCUAUUGCAGAGGUAGAAAAACAGCUCAAGACCCUCAGGACAGCCGAUGUCGCUUCCAAGUCUUGGGCUGACCACGGUCAAGUCAUCGUUGUCUCGUCCCUAGACGAGAUGUACGCUCUGGCAGAUCAAUUCGCCAGCGAGCAUGUCCAAGUCAUGACGGAGAACCCCCGCGAGGCUCUUACCAAGAUGUCUCACUACGGUGCCCUCUUCUUGGGCGAGAAGACCUGCACCAGCUACGGAGACAAGUGCAUCGGUACAAACCACGUGCUACCUACCCGCAAAGCUGCUCGCUUCACUGGAGGUCUCUGGGUGGGUAAAUUCCUCAAGACUUGUAGCUAUCAGCACGUGAUUGACGAUGAAGCGUCUGGCGAGCUCGGUCGUCUUUGUGGUCGAGCUGCUCGGGCUGAGAACUUCGAGGGACAUGCGCGUAGUGGUGAUGUGAGAGCGCACCUGUACCUUGGCGACAAGGUGGAUUGGAUCCAGUAG